AUGGCCGCCGACAUCCGUAAAAAGUCCACAAACAGCAAGUGCAAUGACAAGAAAGCAAGAAUGAAUCCGUCGGUCGCAAAAAUGCGAUGGAAGCUGCUCGCAAAAGCCCUGCACGAAGGACGGGUUAGCGAAGCUGGCUUGUUUUUCGAGUCGGUCCGACGAUUUCAAAAUUUCGGUCUAUUGCAAGUUAGUUCACUCGCCGACGACAAGCAGGAAAUGCACGCGAGUCGCAUGAUGCAGGACGAGAACGAAACGGAUGCUUCGUGGUUUGCAGUGAAGUGCCUCAAGGAACCGCAAUUCUCACUGAAAAUGCGCUUCCUCGCCAAACGAAUAACCGCAAAUGACCUCCACGGCUUCAACAACACGGGCAACAUCUGCAUUUGGCCUUCCGAAGAAGUUAUGGCAUACUACGUGAUGAAGAACAAGGAGCUAUUCCACUGCAAACACAUCCUGGAGCUCGGCGGAGGCAUGACAUGUCUCGCUGGCUUCACGGUGGCGGCCGCGGCACGCGCCUCCGAAGUAUUCCUCACCGACGGCAAUCAACGCUGCGUUUCAAACGUCGAAAAAAUACUCGAAGCCAACAAAGGCAAAUUCGGCAACUGUUCCAUUCAUAUCCGAAGACUACGUUGGGACGAGGAGAACGACAUGAAUGAUUUGCAACAACGUUUCGAUGUGAUCCUGAUCGCGGAUUGUCUCUACUUUGAAGAAAGCCGCAGAGCGUUAGUGCAGACAAUAUGGAACGUUUUGAAGAAGGACGGCAUGGCUGUCAUUUUGGCACCGGCCAGAGGAAACACAUUCCAGGACUUCGUCCGGCUCUCAGCGGAAGUUGGUUUCGAAACCGAUCUGAUCAUGGCGUACGACACUUGCGUCUGGGAGCUUCACUCUCGCUACCUCAAAGAGAAACCUGAACUCUACGAUGCCAAUCUCCAUUAUCCCCAGAUGCUCAUCAUAAGGAAGUGCUCUAUUUGACCUCGAAAACUCAACGACCUCAGAUAUAUCGAUUGUUCUACCGCAGUACCGGCUCAUUUGAACGUUCGUUUUUCUACGUAGACUCACUGAGUUAGGUUUGCAUCAUUCAAUGAUCGGACCAAGACUUCAACGUUCAAGACGCGUAAUUUUCGAGGCGGCUCCGUUCUCGAUAGCGCCGCGGCGAGCUGGGACCUUUGUCGCUCAGCUCGGUGAGAAACCUCGAGAGUGUUAUGAUUCACUUUUGGACCUCAUGCUGCCGCCGUCAUCUAUUGACCGCAGCUUCUAUGAUCCAGACGAUAUCUUCUUUAUAUACUCAGAUCGUUAAAGUAUAUAGUAUUGCGUAUACUCUAUAUUCUAUACGAGGAUUCGGUAUUUGCUGUGUCGGGAUGGGCUGGUUAUCUUGUUGAUUGUCCGAACCGGCGACCUGCCGGGAACUUGGAAAAAGUUUCGAUGUUAUCGCAUCCUAUUACGGCUCCUCGAAUGGGAAGAGGGCGGGGGUCGGUUCUCGGCAGUUUUUGGCUCCACAGGGAUAACUAACUUUGUGGUCGAUAUCCUUCCGAUCCUUCUGGGAUUCUUCGCUUGUUUGUAGUCAACUCUCUCCGGAGUUUCCCUCAGUCUCACUUCUGCGACUGAGCGAGCCACAAGAACGAACUGGAAAUAAAUUU